CAAUGUUUACUUUUAGUUACGUCCUAUUGUCUGUGAUAAUGAGGCUGAAAGCAGACAUGCUGUGAGUUUGCUCAUCCUACGUAAGGCCGAAAGAAACAAUCGGUAGUUUGUCUAGAGAAAGGAAAGAACUGGCUGAAGGGAACGUUGAAGUGUGGAACUGCCAAGAAAAUUCACUGCGAAGUGAGCUAGGCAGCUAACCGUACUGCCAGGGCUGGCCUGAAGGAUUUCAUUCAGACAUCAAGAGCUGAGCCGAACUGCAACCAGGUUGAUGUGUCUGGUUAGUUCUACAUGGCCUUGACUGCUUUUAUUGCCAUGGAGACAUCCAUGUGUCCCAGUCCUGCUCAUCAGAACGGAGAGGUCCUGGGGCCCAAACAGCCCCUCUCCGGCCCCCACGUCUUAAAGAUCCGCCUGUACCAUCACAGCCAGAGCACGGAUGAGCCGCCCCCUCUCACCUACCCCUCUGGAGACUAUGUCGCUGAGGAGCUCUGCAUAGAUGCUGCCAAAGAGUGUGGUGUGAGCCCUUUGUACCUCAGUCUCUUUGGGCUAAUGAGGGAGAGUGACCGGACGUGGUACCCGCCCAAUCACAUUUUCAAACUGGACCAGUCGACCAAUGAGAACCUUCUUUUCAGAAUGAGGUUUUAUUUUCCAGGAUGGUACAGUACAGGUUCAAGUGGUGUGUGUCGGUAUGGUGUGAGCAAAGGUUCUGAGACUCCUGUGUUAGAUGAUGCUGCCAUGGGAUACCUCUUUGCCCAGUGGAGGAGUGAUUUUGUGAGCGGGUAUGUGAAUGUUACCAUCACGUCCCGUGAAGUGCAGGAGGAGUGUUUAGGAAUGGCUGUUCUGGACAUGAUGAGAAUCGCCAAGGAAACGGGACAGUCACCUCUUGACAUCUACAAUGACAGCAGCUAUAAGACGUUUCUUCCAAAGGGAAUGCGUGCUCACAUCCAGGAUUACCACUUUGUCACACGGAAGCGGAUUCGUUACCGAUUCCGGAAGUUCAUCCAGCAAUUCAGUCACUGCAGAGCUACGGCCCGUGACCUUAAACUCAAGUACCUCAUGAACCUGGAGACGCUUCAGCCAGAAUUCUACUCGGAACGAUUCCAGGUCACCGAGCAUUCGGGAGAGGAGGGUACCAUUAUCAUCACUGGCAACAAAGGAAUCCAGUAUGAAAAGAAGGACAGAGAAGGCAACAUCAAAGUGCAGGUGUACUGUGAUUUUCCUGAGGUGAUUGAUAUCAGUAUUAAACAGGCCAGUAAAGAUGGGUCCAAUGAGAGUCGCAUCGUCACCAUUAACCGUCAGGAUAGUCAGACACUGGAGGUUGAGUUUCGUUCUCUAAUGGAGGCUCAGUCUUUCGUAUCUCUGAUAGACGGCUAUUACAGGUUAACAGCAGAUGCUCAUCAUUACGUGUGUAAAGAGGUGGCGCCCCCUCGGCUGCUGGAGGCCAUUCAGAGCUACUGCCAUGGACCAGUCUCGAUGGAGUUUGCCAUCAACCGUUUACGUCGCCAUGGGAACCAAAAAGGCCUGUAUAUCCUGCGCUGUAGCCCUAAAGACUACAACAAAUACUUCCUGUCUUUUGUCGUGGGGUGUGACGGGCGGAUGGAGUAUAAGCACUGUCAGAUAGUGAAGACUGUGAAUGGGGAGUUUGUGUUGAGCGGAGCAAAGCGCAGUUUCGGGAGUCUGCGCGAUCUUCUCCACCGCUACCAGAAGGAGGCGCUGCGAUCAGAUGGACAUAUCUUCCAGUUCAUCAAGUGCUGCCCCCCCAAGAGCAAAGACAAGUCAAAUCUGUUGGUGUGCAGAGGGAAUCAGGGCUCUGAGAUGGCGCUGUCACCCUCACUCUCCAGACACAGCAUUAGUCAGAUGGUCUUCCACAAGAUCCGUCAGGAGGACCUCGAAAUGAAUGAGAGUUUAGGUCAAGGGACGUUUACGAAGAUUUUCCGAGGUGUGCGGACAGAGGUGGGGGACUACGGCAAGGUUCACAAAAUGGAAGUCAUCAUCAAAGUUCUGGAUAAAUCUCAUCGCAAUUAUUCCGAGUCAUUCUUUGAGGCAGCGAGUAUGAUGAGUCAGUUGUCUCACAGGCAUCUGCUGUUGAACUAUGGCGUGUGUGUCUGUGCAGAGGAGAAUAUAAUGGUGCAGGAGUAUGCAAAGUUUGGGUCACUGGACACAUACCUGAAGAAGAACAGAAACUCUGUCAACAUCACCUGGAAACUGGAGGUGGCCAAACAGCUUGCCUGGGCCUUGCACUACCUGGAGGAUAAGAAUUUGAUCCAUGGGAAUGUGUGUGCCAAAAACGUGCUGUUGAUCAGAGAAGAGGACAGGAAAAACCCUCCUUUCAUUAAACUGAGUGACCCUGGAAUCAGCAUCACUGUACUGCCCAGAGAGAUCCUGAUGGAGCGCAUUCCCUGGGUAGCACCAGAGUGUAUUGAGAACAGUAAGCAUCUGAGUUUGGCAGCAGAUAAGUGGAGUUUUGGCACCACACUAUGGGAGAUUUGCAGUGGGGGUGAGAGACCCCUCAGCACCUAUGACUCCUCAAAGAAACACCUGUUCUAUGUGGACAGGCACCAGCUCCCUGCUCCUAAAUGGACUGAGUUGGCCAAUCUCAUCAACAGCUGUAUGGACUAUGAGCCACUCCACAGACCCUCAUUUAGAGCUGUCAUCAGAGACCUCAACAGCCUCUUCACGCCUGAUUACGAGUUGUUGACAGAGAGUGACAUGGUUCCUAACCGUGCUCGUGGAUUUGGGUUCGGAGGGGCGUUUGAGAGUCAGGAGCCGGCCCAGUUUGAGGAGAGACAUCUGAUCUUCCUGCAGCAGCUGGGCAAGGGUAAUUUUGGGAGUGUGGAGAAAUGUAGGUACGACCCUCUGCAGGAUAACACAGGGGAGGUAGUGGCCGUGAAGAAACUCCAGCACAGCAGUGCAGAGCACAUGAGAGAUUUCGAACGCGAGAUUGAGAUCCUCAAAUCUCUGCAGCACGAGAACAUCGUGAAGUACAAAGGCGUCUGCUACAGCCCUGGUCGGAAUAAUCUGAGACUGAUCAUGGAGUAUCUCCCGUUUGGUAGUCUGAGAGAUUACCUCUCUAAAAAUAAAGAUCGUUUUGACCACAAGAAGCUCCUGCUCUACGCCUCCCAGAUCUGCAAGGGGAUGGAUUAUCUUGGGACCAAACGAUACAUUCACAGAGACUUGGCCACUCGCAACAUUCUGGUGGAGAGUGAGUUCAGAGUGAAGAUUGGAGACUUUGGACUGACGAAGGUUUUGCCACAGGAUAAAGAAUACUACACAGUGCGGGAACCUGGAGAGAGCCCUAUAUUCUGGUAUGCCCCAGAGUCUCUGAGGGAAAGCAAGUUCUUGGUGGCGUCAGAUGUGUGGAGUUUUGGAGUGGUUCUGUAUGAGUUAUUCACCUACAGUGACAAAAACUACAGUCCUCCCGCGGUGUUUAUGGGGGAGAUUGGCAAUGAUAAGCAGGGCCAGAUGAUUGUGUAUCACCUUAUAGACCUACUCAGACGAGGAUACAGACUGCCUGCUCCUGAUGGCUGUCCCCCAGAGAUUCACCGGCUCAUGUUGCAGUGUUGGAGUAGUGACCCCACACAGAGGCCGUCCUUCACCAGUCUGGGUGAGAAUGUGGAUUUGUACAGAGAAGAUUCGGUGCUCCCUUCACUCAGCCCUGAUACACACAGUCACAGUACAGGGAACUGAAAGCCCCUCUGGCUGCCUGGAUGUGUGCUUACGCUGCAGCCUGAGAUCAGUUAACCAGCGACAGGACAAGAGGACAUAUUCAGAGC